CAGUGAAAAUGUGUGAAGAAAUCGAUGUGAAGACAAUUAAAACAAUUAGCAAAAGUGUGGACAACAGUACUGAAAAAGAAGUGCCUUUUUGUCGCAUUUGUUUUGAGGAUAAAUCUGCGGGUCGUUUGAAAUCGUUUUGCGAGUGUCGCGGAUCUGUCGGUAGUGUACACCGCAAAUGUCUGGAAAAGUGGUUUCUGGUCAGUCAUAGUGAUCGCUGCGAGAUAUGCGGCACACAAAUGGAUGUUAAGUUGGUUUACGGAUCUCUCAUCGAUUGGAUCUGCGAUUUCCGUACCAUUCGGUUCCUAUUGUUGGACAUCCUGUCGUUGGCCAUAAUUAUACCAUUAUUUAUUCGUUCACUAUAUUUGUUGAAUAACAUUAUGUGGCAAAAGACUACACUUAUGACAGCAAUUGUCAUAUGUGUCGGUAUAUCCAUAAUAAUGCUGUUGUUAUUCACUGUUAUCUAUAUUUGGCUCUUAGUCUGUAUCGUUCAUCACAUUAACUCAUACAUUGAGUGUACAAUAAACGGGAAAGUUGUCAUCAAACCGAUUAAAUCACAAAAUCAACAACAAUUGACUGUUAGUGAUAGUGAUAGUAGUAGUGGUGGUAAUCAACAACAACACCGAAAUGAUCUGUUCAUUCGUGUCCUCUCUUUCUUUCGAUGUUCAGUUCAGUCGACAAAUACUAUAGAUUUUGUUUAA